AUGAACUGGCUUUUCUCAAUUUCAAAGGGUGCUGGACCUCACACUCCGCUCAACAGUCUUCAACAACAAAGACAGCGGCAGAUUGAGUCGCUUAAAGCUGCUCAUCCGAGCAUAGCAGAAAUCCAGAAAGAUGUGGAAUACAGGAUCCCAUUUACAGUCAACAACUCCACCAUCACUAUUAACAUUCUUCUGCCUCCUCAGUUCCCUCAGGAGAAGCCAGUGGUUAGCGUAUAUCCUCCUGUUGGUCACCACCUCAUCGACAGCAAUAAUGGCACUUCGAUCACAAGCCCCCUCAUCACUAGCUUUGGGAUGCAUUCAGACCUAGGCAAGGUCAUUCAGAGUCUGCUAGAUGAGUUUUGGAAGAGUCCCCCUGCACUGAUGUCCACUGGUCAAUCUGGCUUUUCAUACAGUAUGUACAAGCCAUCGGGCAUCCCUCCUUACCCGACUCCAGGUUACCACUAUGGUCCUCGCCAUGUUGGUCAAAGUAAAACGCCUCCUCUCGCACCACUUCCAUCUGGAGUCGGACCAGCGCUUCAUCCUGGGAUUGAAGCUGUCCAUGGGUCCCCUCGACAUCCAGUACCUUAUGGUCUCAUUACUGACCUGCAGUUGCCUGUUCCUGUUGGAGACCUACAGGCUGGGCUAAAUGGACACAUGUAUAAGAUGCCUGAGAUUCCUGAGUCUUUUUCUGAACUGUCUGACUUGAAUCUGACUCAACUGUCCGACAUGUCAGAAAAUGAGGAUGUUUUACUGAGAUUCUUUGUGAUGCUGCCACAGCUCAAAAUAAUCGCAAGUGAUAAAGAGGACUUGGUCACUAACAUUGUGGAAAUGGCAAAGAGAAACCUUAUGAUGGAGCCACAACUGGAAGGAAAAAGACAAGAUGUUGUUAAUAAGUUUGAACAGUUGACUCAACUGAAGUCUGCCUUUGAGACAAAGAUGCAGAGACAACAUGAUCUUAGUGAGAGCUGUAGUCUGAGCACUCUCCAGGCUCGGUUAAAGGUUGCUGCACACCAAGCAGAGGAGGACUCUGAAGAGACAGCUGAAAACUUUUUGGAGGGACGCACUGACAUAGACGAAUUUCUUACCAGCUUCAUGGAAAAGAGAACGCUUUGCCACAGCAGAAGGGCCAAAGAGGAAAAAUUGCAACAGUCCAUCCACACACAUGAACAGUUUCCUACUCCCCUCUAG